AUGGCGGACCACCAUCAUCCCGAAAACAAUGGAAGCCCUCUAUCUACACCUUUUGAAGAAGAGCACAUCCAAUAUCAGAAUGGAAAUUCCGCUGAUAUUAACAACACUGAUUUAGUUUACCAAAGAGUGAACACGGACUUUAGCGUCGGCGCUGAUUUAUACACAAGAAUGCAUUCUGAUGUUUACCCUCACCACGCAGAUACUCAAUACAAUGUAAAUUCUUACUCGCAACCACCAAAUGAGAUCGUGGAUCGCGAAGUUGUCAUUGAAGAAAGUCCAAACUUAAGAUAUGCUAAGUUAAAUACAAUUUUAGGAAAGGGCGCUUAUAAAGUUGUAUAUAAAGCUAUAGAUCGUGAAGAAGGUUAUGAAGUCGCGUGGAACUGCUUUCAAACCACAAGAGCAGAAUUCAAUGACUUGAGCCAAGAAAUUAAAAUAUUAAAACAAGUUCGACAUCCUAAUAUUAUUAAUUUUCAUGAUUGUUGGUACAAAGAUGCUGAGUUUAUUUUUGUUACAGAAUUAAUGACUUCAGGGACGUUGCGGGAAUACAUUCGAAAACUUUCAUUGCCGAAUAUGAAAAUAGUUAAACGAUGGUCUCGUCAAAUACUUAAAGGGCUGAUAUACCUUCAUUCACAUAAUCCACCUAUCAUUCACCGCGACAUCAAAUGUGAUAACAUCUUCAUCAAUGGCGCACACGGUGAAGUUAAAAUUGGUGACAUGGGAACCGCCAAGAUGAAGUUGGGAAAAAAGUAUACCGUCAUCGGAACUCCCGAGUUCAUGGCACCUGAAAUGUACGAAGAAAAAGGUUAUAACGAAAAAGUCGAUAUCUAUGCGUUUGGCAUGUGUCUUCUAGAAAUGGUUACUGGCGAAUACCCUUACGGGGAAUGUAAGAAUGCUGCACAGAUUUAUAAAAAAGUUUCUCAGGGUACUAAACCGGAAAGCUUAAAAAAAGUACAAGACUCCGAAGUUCUCGAUUUGAUAAACAAUUGUUUAGCUGCGGAAAAUGAGAGAUUCACUGCACAACAAAUAAUGGAUCAUCCUUUCCUCACUGUCGAACCAGAAGUGGUGUUAAUUAAAGCAGACGAUAAUAAAACUCAGUUAACAUUACAAGUCGUAUUUAAAGGAAUGGAUAAGCUAUCGGUGAAAUUUGAGUUCAACGUGGAAAGAGACACAGCAGAAGAAGUGGUUAACGAAAUGAUAGAGGAACAAGUGCUUCCAGAGAAGUACCAACAAUUGAUUACUCAUGAAAUAAAUCGUAUUUUACGGGACAUCAGCAAGCAAUCAAAUGAAGACGAUCCAAAUAAAGAAGAACAUAAAACACCGUGGCCAAGCCACGGUGGAAUGUCGCCACAUUUGACACCUCAUAAGUCUUCUCAUGGUCCAUCUCCUUCACCAAUUAAUUUGGAACGUGACAGUCCUAAUGGAACCAUUACGCAAUCAUAUCCUGUACAACCAACAAUAAUGCCAACCGAGUCGCCACGAAAGAAUUCAAUUUCUGGCCAACCACAUGAUUGGUCCGAUUAUGAAGAUACAAUUCCAGCCAAAGAAUAUCCGGAUAAAACUCCGAUUAACCAAUUUGUUUGUGACGUUGCAAUUGCAAUCAACCGAGACGUGGAUAAAGCAAACGAUUGGUCGGAGAAGUUAAAAAGUCAGGACGUUAUGACUGUUGGCGAUUUACGUGCACUAACAAACGAAGAUUGGACACAAAUUGGAUUAACAGUCUUUGCGAUACGUGUCCUUAAGAAUGCCUUACAUGGUAAGACAUUGCGCAGUCCAUAUAUUAUUCCUAGGACAAAUAGUGCAGCCAGUACAAGUACAAGUGGUGGAGAGGAAAACCCUCAGGAAUGA